CCCUCCUUUGCGUAUCCAGUAGCCGUUUUUUACAUUGCUGUCACAGUUGUGGCAAUCAUAGGAAAUCUCAUGGUGUGUUACGCCAUACUCACCGAUAAGAAUCUGCGCAACAAUCCAUCAAACCUGUUGCUCUUGUCCCUGGCUGUGGCAGAUCUCCUCACGGCAACUAUUGUGAUGCCAUUUGACACAGAGUCAUUAUUCCUGAACUUCGCAUGGAAACACGGGAGGGCUGUGUGUCUAACGUGGCAAUUGGUGUAUCUUUUCGUUGUACCUGUCUCCAUUUUCAGCCUGUUGGUCAUCAUUAUUGAUCGAUAUCAAACCCUCAGCGAUUUUCACGGCCGAUUUGGGUGUUCACGGUUCAUGACUAAACAAAGAGCGCUUAUAGUGAUCGCGACAAUCUGGCUUUACAGCAUUUUAUGGGCUCUUCUCCCUGUCAUGGGAUGGAGGAGAGAAGGCGACUUUCUUGAAGAUGGCAUCUGCAUGUUAUCAUACACAAAAACCUACACCAUAGUCAGCCCCUUUCUGAAUAUCAUUCUUCCACUCCAGGUAUCGUGCGGGUUUUCCAUUCUAGUAUAUCACAUAAUACGAAAGCACGAGAAGGCUCUAAGCAAUACAGAGCAUAAUUCAUCCCAACAACUCACGAAAGAACAACAAGAGAUGUAUCUGAAGAAUAUCAAGGCAGCCAAAAGGAGCUCAGUAUUCGUGUUGGCUAUUUACGUCUGCUGGCAGCCAUACGCCCUUUGGCUUGUCUCUGACACCAUCACUAGCAAAAAGUGGACAUCGUUUGACCACGAAGUCUACAUGGUGCUGUUGAUGUUUGGUUUUCUCAACUCGGCGCUGAAUCCCUUUCUGUUCGCAUUUCGGAACAAGCACUUCAGAGCUGUGUAUGCAAAAAUGUUUCCUUCCUCAGAACAUCGAUCGCACCUGUCAAUUCAGGAUUCAAAUGUCACUGAACUGGAUAGAUUUGACCACGAUACUAAAACGGCAUAGUUUCAGCCCAAACUUCUUAGUUAUUUGUUUAGCAUUCAUCAUAAAAAGAAUUUUAGUGUUGCAUGACUGAGCCAAGUUUUGAACUGCAUUGUUGUUGUCACCAUUCUCCACUCUACUAAUUAAAAUUAGUUUUGAUGAUAAUUCCCGAGAGUUGUAAAUGAUGGUGAACAGAUUGUCGCUUAUAAUUUGGUACAUAAAUAACAAUAUAUCAAAGGAACAAAGCAGAAUUUAGUUUGGUCGUCUAAAUUACGACAAUUGUUCUUUUAGAAGAGAGAAAUGAUUUUUUAGCACGACAACAUUCGCCUUUUUCUUUGGUACACAGCUGUUCGUUUUCUCAGCAAAGCGAAUGUUGAUAAACAGCUUAGAAGACCACUCUCCAAACUUAAAUUAUAGGGAUCUUUAAGGUUCGAUGUAAGCAAACAAUGAAACAAGUAUUACAUAGGAAAAAUCGAACUGUUUGAAUCAUACUAAAAGGCGUUUUACAGGGCGUAGCUGACGGGCAGAACUCACCUCAACCAAGAUCAUUUCCGAUGAAAAGCAAGAUAAGAGGAAAUAGACCCAGUUCCCUAUCAGCGGGACCCCGCUGCCUCCAGAUAGUUAAUUUCUUACCAAGCUGAUUAUUAGAGUUUCAUAAACUAAGCUAUAGCUAUACUGUGUAUGAAGGUGUAAUAACUUCGACGUAUUUUUAUGACAAAGACUUCACGGAGAUUUUAUCUAAAAGAUGAGCUGAAGUUUGCCAAAUAGACUCAAACCGAUCAAUAUGUAUGCUAUUGUAAAGAAACUGAGAAAAUUUAAUGACGCAUAACCACGCAUAUUUGAAGAGUGACGAUUUUGUGCUGAGAUAUUUAAAAAAUGCGAAGGACUUGGAAAAUGUCUGUCUUCGAGCUCGAAAGUAUACCUUUUUAAAAUUGCAAAUGUUCCAGAAAUUACUGUUUGAAAGGAAUAGGUCUAAAGGCAGAAGGAUGAAGCAUCACUGAACCAAAAGUCUCAUAACUGUGGAAGUUGUUUUCUGUGCUUUUUGCAAUGUAAAGGACGCCUUUCUUCGGUCGCGUCACUUUGGAGUAGUAAUAUAAAAGUGAUCCAAAAUCUUUUGAUCAAUCAAAAGAAUCGAGAAAUUCACUUCGAAAGAAAACAAAUUAGGAGUCCUUUGAAGCAACAUGAUCAAAGUGAUCAAAGCUAACCCUAUCAGAGGAGUGAAUGCUAUUCUUAUAUCUAAGCAGUGGGAGAUUCAUGCGAUCCUGUCCGCACAUCUGAGAGUUGCUUUUAAUUCAUUCAGAGAAAGGUAUUAAGUUUUAUCUCACUUUAUAAAAAGAAAAUAAUGCCCCUGAUAUGAGUGAUAUUUCGUUUGUGGUAUGACUUUUGCCUCAUUCAAAAUAACAAUGUUCCAGUGAGAACCAAAACAAUUUUUUCACGGGAAGUACACUUGAGUUCCAUCACUUGAUUUUUUAUUUUAAAGUUACAGUGACACGAUCACCGUAAAGUUACUGCGAAUUCUGAAUAAACCGUUAAUACUAACUAGUAAAUAAAGUGAAUAAAAAGUUUGUUUAAUUUCCUUAAAUAAAUGCUGUCGCAAUGAGAAUUCUCCAAAGUGCUGUUGUACAUUAUUCUUCGUUAACCAUCCAUCCGUCACCAAGGUAACAUUGCAGUCACCUUAGGCAGUGGAAGUUAUCAGAAACUGUCAACUUAGCGCGCCAUUGCUUGCAGGAAGCUUUGCAGCCCACAUCCCAUCUAAAAAUGAAAUGUUAUCUACAAAACUAAAAGUGCGAUGACGUCAGUGUGACAAUAUAUGGGGAAGCUGGGGGAUAAAGAUAGAUACAAGGUGACAGGAAUAACCUCAUUUCAAUGUACUGACUGAGUUCAAAAGAAAAAAACAAGUGAUAUCAGUUCUUUAAUCAACGAUAUCAUGAAAUGAAAAAGAGGGAUCUUUCAUCUGAUGUUUUCGUUGUUGUUUUUUUUUUUUCGCUGAUUUUGACCAACUUCCGGAAGUAAUUAUUUUAAAUUCAUUCUCAGCGUAUAUGUGUCAUGAUUUGAUGGCUAAACACCUUCAUGGCGACGGACAACGCUUGGCAAAAAACUUAACUGGAAAUAUUGUGGCUUUGUUGACUUGCAGACCUUUGCGUCAUAUAUUGGAAUUUGUUUUGUUCAAAUAUCCGAAAGAAGGCUUUCUCACUCGGAAACGUAAACAAAACUUUCGUUCUCUUAACUAAAGCUUCUCCAUAAGAGGAAAAAACGUAACUGAUCCUUUUUUGCCCGGUCAACAUUCUGUAAUACUUAACUUUAAUUUAGGAAAUUAGUGGGAACUGCACCAGGUGAUUUAACACGAUAAUGAUAUUUUGAUGGAAAACUCUCCAGCCAGUAUACAAGACAAUGCAUGAUGUCAACUCAAUCAUCAAUCUCUGAAAAAGAUAAUCUUUCAGCAUAUGUGAAAUAUCAAGUGUGAAUGCAGCAAAAUAAGACACAACAGUAUAAUGGAUAUUUCUGUGUUAGUAUUGUAUUUUCAGAUAUUUCAAGAUUUUAAAAUAUCAUGCAAUAUCCUUUUUUUUCAAGCCUGUAGAGUUAUUUUGAGAAGUUUCCUUAUUAUUUUUGUUUUUGUUAUUUGUCAUUGUGACUCAGUUAUACCACUUGGUUGCAGACGAAAAUCUGAUUUUUCUAACCUAACCCAAGCUUUUAAGCUGCAUGCAAAUUGAACCAUACAUCUUUUAAAAUGUCUGGUUCACUUUGAAUCUGUCAGUUUUUCAUAGGGACAUAGUCUUCGAAAAUUUUAAUCCUAGGUUUCUUUUUGCAAUUCCAAUGAAUAAGGAGACGUCAGAGUGAUAUUGAGUGUGGUAUACUCUGCCAAAAUCAAGUGCUACUGGUUAAAUGCAGCCUUAAAAAUAUCUCAAGUGGUCACGUAAAUCUUUAAAACGGCUGAUAAUCAAUUUAUUUUUGAUUUGGCGCUUUGUUGUGAUGAGCAAAUCGAAUACUGCAGUGACUGGUGAGGUAUUGAGGUGAAAACUCCAGUAAACUACGAGAAAAGUUGAGUUCGAUUUUACAACCGAGAGCCGCGACAUAUUUACCUUCCAAAACAGCUUCUUAAGAAUGAACAACAGUUCCGCUGCAGAUCCGUCCACCGACGAAGACGUUUUCUUUGGUUUUAGACCAGAGUUUUCGUAUCCCGUUGCAGCCUGUUACACAGUUAUCACAGUGGUGGCGGUCUUUGGAAACUUCUUGGUCUGUUUCGCAAUACUUGCUAACCAGCAUCUCCGCCACAAUCCCACGAAUCUUUUCAUUUUUUCCUUGGCUCUUUCAGAUUUUCUCGCGGCAACGAUCGUGGUACCGUUUGAUAUAGAAUCACUUUUCCUUGACGGUGCAUGGAAUCAUGGAAGAGCAUUCUGCAUAGUUUGGCAGGUGGUGUACAUGAUUACUAUACCCAUCUCGAUUUUCAGCCUGUUGACCAUCAGUGUGGAUCGAUAUAAAACCCUCAGUAAUCCUUUGUCGCGGUUUAAGAAUUCACAGUUCAUGACCCAAACUAGAGCUUUAAUUGUCAUAGCGACCAUCUGGCUGUAUUGCCCACUAUGGCCGUUUUUUGUCCUCAUGGGUUGGCGAGAGGAAGGAGAAGCAGAUGAUGAUGGCAUCUGCAUACUGCCAUACACAAAGAACUAUAUCCUUGUUUCGUCCUUUCUUAAUGUUAUUCUUCCGCUGAUGAUCACAUGCUUUUUUUACGUCCUCAUAUAUCGCAUUGCUGUCAAGAACAAUCGAUCCACCAAAAGAGGCACCUUUCCUUCGACCCGAAAGCCCUCCAAGGAUGAAAAAAAGGUGUAUUUGAGAAAUGUCAAAGCGGCUAAGACGACUUCAAAGUUCGUUUUGGCGCUGUUCUUCUGCUGGCAACCUUACUUUUAUUUUGUCGUUGCUAGUGCUAUUGACAGCGAAAACUGGGAAUCGUUUCCUCACGAGGUUUACCUAGUGUUAUUAAUGUUCGGUUACCUUAACUCAGCACUUAAUCCGUUUCUUUUUGCCUUUUCCAACAAAAGUUUUAAGGCUGUUUAUAAAAAGCUUUUUACAUCGCGUAAACGAGCUGUAAAACGGGCUGAACCCAGCAUAUCACUACGCCGGCUCUCAACGUUUUCACAAAGCACUGUCACCUCCGAGAUUCCGGAGCUGGGAAGCGGUGUCCGUCUCCGAUCCAUAUCCUAUUAUGAAGAUUCAGUUUUUUGA